AUGAGCCAGCACGGGCACCCAGUGACUCAGCAUGGGCACAGGGCAGUGCAGGGGCGCGGGCGGGCAGUGGGGGUGCGGGCGGUGAUGGAGGAGGCAGCUGCAGCAGCCGCUGCCGCCGCCACAGCAGCACGGGGGCCAAGCCCAGGGCCAAGGAAUUUGAGCAUGGGGACAGGGAGACAGGAGGGCGGCAGUAGAGGGCGAGGGGAGGAGGCUGGUGAGGGGCUUAGAGGGAGAUUUGUGGGAGAAAGGUCCGCUCAGCAGCACGUGGCACAUGGUGGGCCGAAGCGUGUGGUGCAGGCGCCUUCCCUCGCUGCUUCCCAAUCUCAUGUCUCUCGGGCAGCUGAUAUUCGCCAGCCUGUGAAGGCUACCUCGUCCCUCCCUGAAUUCCCACCAGGGAGGAGGGACCUGAAGCGGGUCCGGUCCGAGCCAGAGGUUGCUGCGGAGAGUGUGGUUCGGGAUCUAGCUAGUGCGCCAGCUGGCAAGGCGACCGGAGUGACAGCUGGCAAGGCGGCCGGAGCGACAGCUGGCAAGGUGGCCGGAGUGACAGCUGGCAAAACAGGUGGGCUGUUCUCGGGCCCUCGGCCGCUCUCAGAGCUUCUGAAGCGCAAGCGAGCGAGCGACGAGGGAGGUGGGGGUGAUGGUGGGGUCGCUGGUAGUGGGGCACAGCAGGAGAAGGCUGUUGGUGAGAGACAGAGGAGAGUGGCGCGAGUGGAUGUGACAGGUGGGCAGGGUGAAGGGAAUGUGGGUAAGACCAGGAGGCUGUCGAGGGUGCUGAGUGGGCGUGGUGGUGGAGAAGAGGGGAUGAAAGCUGCAAGCACGGCAGCAAAGGCGUCAGGCACUGUAACAGAAGCAGCAGGCACUGUGGCAGAAGCAGGAGGUGGAGAAGCAACAGCAGCAGGCACAGGGGUAGCAGGCACGAAUAGCGAGGAUGCGGAGAGGGCUGCUGUCCCUGGUGCGGCCACUACUCCCGUUUCUGCUCCUGCUGCAGUUGCUGCAGUGGAGGAGAAGGGUGGACACGCGACUGAUGCCAAACUGGCUGAUGAUGCUGAUGAUGGAAUUCUCCUGGUUCGCAGUGGUAGCUCACAGUCGAAGGAGGAGAGAGCUGUAGGAGAGGUGGACUUGGGGGAUGAGGAAUUGGUCGAUGAAGAGGAUGAAGAUUACGAUGUGGAGGGGAAGCUUGGAGAUUUGUGGUGA